AAUAGUGGGACCGGAUUUUUGCACUAAAAGUUUCGAUAAUUCUAAAGAUGGAAAAGUGAUGCUUAUCUGGUAAAGGACAUAUUUUUAAGCAUAUUUGUAAUAUAUGACGAAAAGUUAGAACGAGAGUUAGGUAUAAAUUAGGUAUUUAUGUAUUUUUAUUGUUGAUUUUUUAAUAUUGAAUUAAAGUGUAAAGUUUAAGCUUAAUCUUUUAUAGUAUGUAUGAGGCUUUAUGCUGUUAAAUUUUUAGAAAUUUUUUUAAUGUGCUACUUUGUCUAACUAAAAUUAGUUUAUUAUUUUGUCAAUAUUGAAUUAAAGUUUAAAAAAUCCACAACAACAUAUCUAAAUUCUUAAUUCAAUAGGCCAAGCUAAAAAUUAGAAGAAUAGGAUAUGUGCUUUAGAAUAAAUAUGCGUUUUUCGUCCUGUAAGAUCUAAUAUUGAAUUAAAGUCCGUAAAAAUAAGUCUAUUACUAUAUUAUAAUAUAUGCAGCCAUUUUAUGGAAAGUAAGAAAUAUCUGUGUGUAGCUUGAAUUGUAAUAGUAAAAUCAAUUUAAAAAGGCGCGAAAUUUAUAACCACGCCGCGCUGGUUCGUUAACAUGUCGGCUCGGCGCGCGGGAGCCUAUCGUAGCCGACCUAGUGAGCGAUAGAUACCUCGCCCCGCCCCCCGCUCAGCUUCGCAAUCGCUGUUUGUCUUUUCUUUCACAUCAUUCGUUUGUUUACCGUGCACUUAAAUUAGAUGCGGACGUUAAGUGAAUUUAAUAAGUAAUAAUUAUGACUUAAAAAUGAGUGAAAAGUGUUUGAUAUGUGGACUAUUUAUUAGUACUGACUUAGUAGUAGUCAAAAAACGUGGAAUUGAGCGGCUUAUAACGGCGAGCAAAGAAAGAAAUGAUGGGAAAGAUAAAUAUUUUUACGGGAAGGAGGAAAUAUGUUUCCACAGAAAGUGCAGGUUACUGUACAUUGAGUCAAAGGCUAUAUCGGCGCACAAAAGACGAAUGGAGGUGGAGGCAUCAGUUAGACAGCCAAGUGAUGAUGAUGAAAGUUUUGAUUUUCAAAACUUUUGUCUUUUUUGCAACGAAGCUGCCAACGAGGAGUUUAAACAGGCUCAACUCAAACGUCGUGUUCAAGACAGAAUCAUUGUCAGCGAAAUAAAAAAAUGUUCUACACAGGAGGCUAUAUUGAACGCAGCAUUAUUACACACGGACGAUUGGAGUGAACAAGUAGAGCGUCGUAUACAAGGUGUCGAUCUCAAAGAGAAGAAGGCAGUUUACCAUGGUCAUUGUUAUGCAAAGUUUUGCCACCCUUAUCGAGCCACUGGAGGAAGGCGGGGAAAGCAGCAGGCACCAGAAAACGCCGAAGCAAUGAAUCUGAUUUAUCAGUAUUUGGAAACAAAUACAGAGGACUGUCAGUUCUCCAUUCAAGACAUCAGGAAUGCGUAUCCCGAUGUCAAUUUGCCAACUGACCCAGUCAUUAAAUAUAACUUGCGCAAAAAGUAUGGAGAUGAUAUUCUUAUUACUGCAGGGAACCCUUCCAUAAUAUGCAUGUUAUCAAACUGCUCCCAAAUGAUACAAACGAGUUGGUACGAAGCCCGGAAGGAAAAUGUCGUAGCUGAAAAACAACGGAUAGUAGAAGCAGCUGCAAAAAUUAUUUUAGAAGAAGUUACCUCUCGCGUUUACAAGACAGAUUUUUAUCCACCGCCGACUGCUUUUUUAAAUGACGCAGAAAAAGAUUGUCCGGAUUCGUUGCUCAAAUUGUUGCGAAUAAUUAUCAUGACCAACAAAAACAAAGAUAAUGAAUCUUACGAAAGAAAAUGCGUCGCUUUAGCACAUGGAAUUGUUAGUGCUGCUAGGCCCCGUACUUUUAGGUCACCAGUCCUUCUGGGGCUAUCAUCUUUGAUACAUCACAAGUAUGCGUCGAGGUACCUAAUUGAUUUAUUCAGUGGAAUGGGUUUUUGUUCAACCUAUGAUGAAACUUUGAAAUUUCAAGUUUCAGCUAUAGCGACUUAUACACCAAAGCAGAGUUGUCCAGCUUUUACACAAUUCGUGUUUGAUAAUGCAGAUGUAAAUGUCCACACCAUAGAUGGUAAUAACACAUUUCACACAAUGGGAGGAAUACAAUGCUUAAACCCACCCCAAACGCUUAGUUUAAAUGAAAGUAUUCCAAGGCUAAAUUACAUCCCACAGAGCUUCAUGAAACGUUAUGAACAAAUUUCUUUACAAACCCAUAUCAAAACAAUGAACUCUGGACUUGAUAAAGUGCUAUUCAAUCCACCGAUGAGCAAUGACGACACGUUUAUAAUGACAAAAACAGAUUUGUUAUGGAUGUAUGGUAAAUCUGAAUGUUUCCCAGAUACCCCUGGCUUUAAUUCAUUUAUGAUGUUGACACAAGAAGAUGACGUGAAAAAUGAACAAAUCUGUGAAAUCAGGCCUGUACCAUUUAUAAAUGCUCCGGCAUCAAAUUAUGACACGAUUCUCACAGCAUUAAAGUAUGCUGCAGAAAAGUGUAAGCAAUCUGACAUUGACUGCAUAGUAACCUUUGACCAGCCAUUGUAUCAAAAGGCCCAAGAAAUAGUAAAAUCGUCCCAAGAUGCAUUAAUCUCUAAAAUUAUUUUAAGGUUGGGCGGAUUCCACCUUUUAAUGUCAUUUAUGGGAGCCAUUGGCAAAAUAAUGGCAGGCAGUGGGUUAAGGGAAUGGUGGGCUAAAAUAUAUGCCAUAGGAUCUUUAGAGAAAAUGAUAAUGGGCCACCAUUACGAACGUGCGGUCAGAGCGCAUAUGCUUUCAAGUCUAGCAUUAUUUAGAAUAAUAAUAAGUAAUGUGGAAAUUAAUUUGAAUGAAAAGAUUGAGAUGGAGAGUGCUUUGUUUAAAAUUACAGAUGGCGACCAGAACAAAGAAAUGAAUAAUGAAAUAUUGCAAUCAGUUUUGGAUAAGUUCGUUAAAUCAUUGCAAGAACUUGAAGGAAGGGGUCCUACAUCCAUGCUGUGGGUCGCUUAUUUUAAAAUGACUCUACUUAUCCAGAAUUUUAUCAAAGCUGAGAGAAUCGGCGACUGGAAUUUACAUAUCAAAUGUGUGAAAGAAAUGCUGCCCUACUUUCAUGCCGCCGGCCAUUUCAAUUACGCGAAGUCAGCGAGUCUCUAUGCUCAAGAAAUGGACAAUUUAGAAGCUGUUAUGACACCGGAAUGUUAUAAAAGAUUUAUUUCUGAAAAAAUGUUCACUGUGCGGAGGACACAAAAACCUUGUUCGGGAACCUGGUCCGAUAUGACUAUAGAGCAAACGCUAAUGAGGUCUAUGAAAGUGUCAGGAGGGCUCACGCAAGGUCGCGGUUUCUCGGAUAAUGUUUUGAGCAAGUGGAUUUUAGGCUUGCCAAUAUUGCACAGUAUCACCGAAGAAGUUGAGAAUUUUUGUGACACUUCAGUUAAAAUUCACAAUCACAAGGACGGUUCUUCUUCUAGAAUGUCUAGAGAUGCCAAAGACUUAGAACAUUUGUCGCAAUGGCUUAAUGAACAUAACCCGUUUCCGAACACGACUGACAUCAUUUCAAUUAGUACAGGGGUAGUUGGCAAUGAGAAAAUCAACCCUCAUAAAGCCGUUGAGAUUGGUAAAAAUAUUAUGAACGACAGAAAAGGAACAUCCUUUGCACAGAUAAAAUAUUCACGUAAAGAGACGGUACAACCGCUUGGUAAUGUGAAUUUAUCAAUAUCUGUUGAAGAGAAGAAAGUCUCAAUAGAACCAGAUUUAAUAUUCAAACGGAUUUCUUUCUUGAAAAAGUCCCAGGAUGAAUUAAAAACGUAUUUGCAAUACGAGUUGUCGCCCUACCCUUUAUCUCUAUUUGAUAAGAACGGAAUGCGCAAAACCAACAAGUCAAUUUUUUAUGAAAUGUUUUCGCCUGUAACCCCGAACUCCACAGACCAGGACCAGCUAUGUGACGAUGUAAAUUUAAAAGAUGAAGCCCAUGUUAUUGACGGCGGGCUGUUGUUACAUCGAGUGGUAUGGCAAAAAAAUACAACAUACUCAGCGAUUUGUAAAAAAUAUGUAGAUUAUGUAAAAAAAUUCACAAACCCUACGGUAGUAUUUGACGGAUAUGAAAACGAAAACUGCGUGAAAAACCAAGAAAGAAAAAGGCGUGCGAAAGGAAGAAUGAAUACUUGUGUUGUAAUUCAAGAAAAUUCAGAAGCCACGAUGACACAAGACCAAUUUUUAUCAAACGACCAAAAUAAAAGCCGGCUUAUAACUAUGCUGACAUUACGACUGAAAUCAGAAAACAUUCCAGUUUUCCAAAGUAAAGAUGAUGCGGAUACCCUAAUCAUUUCCACAGCGAUCGAAAUAGCUGACACUAAAAGAUACAGAAAAGUUAUGGUCGUUGGCGAAGAUAUUGACUUGUUGGUUUUACUUACGUCGAAAAAAAGGCCUGACAUAGUUUUGAUGAAACCAGGGAAGGGCAAAAUAACAACAAAAUUAUACAACGCUGACAGUUUUAAAGCAGAUCCUGACAUUGUUUUGUUAUCUCAUGCUUUUACUGGUUGCGACACAACAUCUGCAAUUUUCAGACAAGGCAAACGAAAAGUAUGCACAAAAAUGAUGAAAAAUAGUUUAAAACAAGCAGUAAACGCAUUUAAUGAUCCCUGCAGUUCACAUGAAGAAAUUUCGAAAGCUGGAGAGAUCAUAUUUUGUGAACUUUAUGGAGGUAACAAGACAACUGAUAUAAAUAUCCUGAGAUAUGAAAGAUUUGCUCAGUCUUUAACAAAAAGCUCCACCGAUCUGGCAACUCUUCCACCGACUUCAUCUGCAGCAAAACAGCAUUCUCUUCGAGUAUACUAUCAGAUCCAGAAAUGGUUAGGUAAUGAACUGAAUCCAACAGAUUGUGGCUGGGAAAAGCAAGCUUCCGGCAUGGCUCCUAUCACCACAACUGAGAACCCAGCUCCUGACGAAAUCUUAAAGAUUAUAUCUUGUAAAUGCAAGUUGGAGUGUAAGGGAACCUGCACGUGCAUUAAAGCCGGGUUGAAAUGCACGGCACUCUGCAUACAUUGCACAGACAAAAAAUGUUGCGGCGAUGUAGAUAUCACUGAAACAGCGUUUGAUGUUGAAACGGAAGUCCAUAUGAAUAACGUGAUUAAUGACACCAUCUGUGAUAAUAAAGUACAUGAAAAGAUUGACACUGAAUUAGAUACUUUUAAGGAAAAUGUAGCUCCAAAUAGUGUUGAUUAUAUAAAUGUUCCAUCAGGGUCAGUAGCAAUUAGAGAGUCUGCUAAAAGACAAAGACUCUCAUAG